AUCUGUCAUAUAUUUUGACGUUUUCAAAAUAGAUAACAUUCUUUCCUUACGAUAACAACACAAAUUGAACACCAAAACAAACAUCAAUCACUGUAAAUAUCAAAACAAAAAAUGAUACCCGUGUCUUAGUAGCGAUACGUAUGCCCUGACAAACAUGGAGGACAAAUUGCAUAAACACAAAACCAAAAACCUGAUCAAGCUGCUCCAAUCGAGAGAGAUCAAUGUCGAUGCGGGCAAAACGCUGUUUAAACGUAGCCAGUUUACAAGUAGCCUUAUCAAGCGGUUGGGACUUGAAUAUGAGUUGGAGGGACAUCAAGGAUGUGUAAACUGUUUGGAAUGGACUCCAGAUGGAAGAUUUUUGGCGUCUGGUUCAGAUGACACAAAUGUAAUCCUUUGGGAUCCAUUCAGACAUAAACAGCUUCAAAUAAUCCCUACAAGACACAUCGGAAACAUAUUUUCCGUAAAGUUCCUGGGCGGCAACAGUAACAUUGUGGCAUCAGCAGCCGCUGACUGCCGCGUAUUGGUCCAAACGACGGCGGGGGCAGCCCAGCAGAACACCCCCAUACUUGAGUGUGGAUGUCACAUCAACAGAGUCAAGAGGUUGGCCGUUUCGCCGGAAGAGACUACACUCUUUUGGUCUGCCGCAGAAGACGGUCUUGUUUUGCAAUACGAUUUGAGAGAGCAACAUGAUUGUAACACAAUGAGCAAAGUUCUUAUAGACCUUAGUAGAGGAUCGGAGGUGAAAUGCAUAUCUGUUCAUCCCACCAAACCGCAUUACAUCGCAAUCGGGGCGAACGAUUGCUACAUUCGUUUGUACGAUCGCAGGAAAUUGAAGCCCUUUGCCAUCCAAGAGAUUGGUCCUAGAAACGGACAAAUCCAGGGAUCACCGAGACCAUCACCGCAGGAUCCAAUCGAUCCGAAUUGCGUGCAGUUCUUCGCACCAGGUCACUUAGCGAAAGACAACGCGUACACGAACAACCUCAAGCUUGCCGUCACCUACGUCAGUUUUAACUCCACCGGCUCCGAAAUGCUGGUCAACAUCGGCGGUGAACAGAUUUAUUUAUUCGACGUCAACAAUCCGCGCCACAUCAACGAACUCAAAAUACCUCAAUACUCGACGAAGAACAUUAAGACUGAAGCGUACAAGUGCUGUUGUCAUUCGGAUCCCAACAACGGCAUUAAUUCUUCUAAAAUAGAUUUAGGACUAGGCAAAACCAAUUGCGCUUGCUUUUACAUGAGAAGGGCGUUUCAGUGUUACCAUCGAAAGUGGAUAGGAGAUGUAUACAGCGCGGCAAGGGAUUACCUCCACGUAAUUCAAAAUUGGCCGAAGCACAGGCCGGCCUACGUCGGCCUGAUCGAUUGUUUCAUCUCGUUGAAGUGGGCGGACGCGGCGAAACGCUGGUUCGACCACUACACCACCAUGUUUCCCGAUUAUGGACAUGCGAAGACUAUGCGUGACAGCAUCCAGGAGCUGGAGAGUGACCCUAAGGAGAUCAUAUAUGAGAAGGAGUUUGUUAAGAAAACCGAGGAGCACGAGGCGAAUCUGAGACUCGACUCCAGGGAUUACGAGGUCAGAUUCGUCGGACAUUGUAACACGACGACGGACAUCAAAGAGGUCAACUUCUUGGGGGAGGAUGGUAAUUUUAUUUGCGCCGGAUCGGAUGAAGGGAUCAUCUUUAUUUGGGACAGGAAAACAUCGUCGAUAGUCACUGCUUUGAUGGGAGACGCCUCUAUAGUUAACUGUAUUCAACCUCACCCCAGUGCCUGUUUUAUAGCGUCGAGUGGGAUCGAUCCCAACGUUAAAUUGUGGUCACCAAUAUGUGAAGACGAGAAGGCCAAUCAACAUGUAGUAAAAGACAUAAAGACAGUGGUAGAAGCGAACCAACAUCGAAUGGCGAUGGACCCUUUUGAGUCAAUGUUGGUAAACAUAGGUUUGAGAGCAGGGGGUACUCAUUCAUUUACUGAAGUACCAUGUCGCACCUGUUAACAUUCAAUCAUAUAUUACGAACGAUCAUUAUGGUUAUUUCAAAUUAACUGUAGUAAACCUUUAUUAUGUGAUAAUCUAAUUUUAUAAAAUUAUUUAACAGUAAUAAAUAGUUCUUAUUAGUGUGAUACAUACGUAUCCAGCUUUGUUGUUUGGUACAGAAAUUUAUUCAUCAUGUAUUGUAAGGCAAUGUAUCAUUAAUUCAGUGCAACUGAAAUUUUUACAAAGUUUGAUUAGGAAAAUUGUGAGAUAUAUAUGUGUAUAUGACAUAAUUCUUUUUUUUUUUUUUUUGAUCUUUUUUGUACUGGACUAACGGUAUAUUCGUUUAUUUUUAACAUAUUUGUUUUUCUAUAUCUCUAACUAUAUUUAGCUAUUAAUUUUUAUAGAAAAUAAAUUAUAAUUAUUUAUAAUGUUA